UUGAACAGUGUUGCCAAAAAGUGGGAUCACCAGCAAACGAAURAUGUCAUGAUCCUGACAAGGUGCUUAACUGCUAUUAUAUAUACUGAUAUCACUACCUCAUAUGCACACAUUAGAACACAUACAGUUUGAACUAUCAAACAUAAGAUUUUAAUAUAAAUUAAACUGCAGUCAAAGAAAAUAUGAAAUAAUUGGAUGGUAAAGCAUAAUUUUGUUUAGUCUGGUAAACAUGUUCACAAUGUUAUGCAUUGAGGGGAAAAGAUAARCAACAAUAAAAAAUAAGCGAAAUAAUGACAACAAGAAAAAAUACAAAAAACAACAAAAAAAACACAGUAAAUGCUACACUGGGCUGUAUUUAAUUAUUGAUAAAAUUGUGAUAAAGUGUAUAACAGAUAAAAUUUGCUUAUUAAUUAGUCCUGUCUGUCCAGUUCAAUGGUGGAAUGGUUCCAAGAACUCACAAUGUUGUGUUAUGACUAUUUAUUCUAAAAACUUUGUCUGUGAUUGUAUUACUGUAAACACAUUACUUGUAGCUAAUUCCUUUAUAUCUGAUAUGGCUCAGCCUUACAGUGAAUAUUUUCUUGAUCAUAAAGCGUUGCAUGCAAGCUUGUUAGCCAUUGGGCAACAGUAGGSUUACGAUGUGAUCACUACGAUUUUAAAAUAAGGUGCUAAUUGUGUCUUCUGGGAACACUUCAUAAGUGUAAAAACAAACAUUCUACARAAAUGUAUGUGUGAAAGACCGCAAGAGAUUAUUGAACGUUUUAAUUGCACAUUUACUAACUGUUUUAUUCUAAAAAAUACGAUAGUUAUAUAAUUAAUAUAACAUACAGUAUGUGGUCACUAGGCAACAUGGCUUGACGCUCAUUCAUUGCUAUUGUUUGUACAAACAAUAGAGUAAGGUAGAGAAAUAAUUCCAAAUAAUUAUCAAAUCCAAUAUGUAAAGUGUGAGUGCAACUCCUUUAAAACGCCUAGAGAUCGCUUUUGUUGAUGGUUAAGCAUGGAUCCCUUUUUGGCCCCAGUGCAGUGUAUAAUAAGGGAAAAAGAUCCGAGACUUGACGUGAAAAUUGUGAGAAGAGGACGCUCGAUAGUUUACAAAGUAGAACCAAGAGAUAUUCUGGACGUUAGAAAAGAGAUCAAAACCUGGAAAUGUCCACCGCGCGAAGUGCGUCAAAUUGUAGCCAAAGCACUUGACGCGUAUCAAAACAGGUCAGAGAUACAAUCACUGGAGAGCACAUCAACACCUGUCACGCCAAGAACGUCAGGAAGAGCAGCCACAAGGAAUGGAAGUAGAGCUGGAUCCGCAAAGUCAUCGACGAGCAGAACAGAAGCCGCGCGACCAGGAGAAAUGUUUGAAAAACCUCCAUCACCUGUAAGACCUGCUUCGUCUCGUAGUUGUCCGCCCAGUGCUACAUUCAAUUCAAGAAGCCGGUCUUGUCAACCAACUCAUAUGUACAUGAAAGACGACCUUCGACGUGUUGCCAAGCUUAACCGACCAGCAAGUCACGUGCAUUCAUGUAGUCAAAGUAGCGUUUCUACUGAAGAGAAGCCGAGGCAGCCACGAAGUCCAAGGAGAUUUGAUGGAACCGUUGUUAACCUUCCAAAGUUUGUUCAAGAUAAUGAGUUUCUUACACACGAAGACUUAUCCAUGGGCCAAAAACAGUAUAUAUGGGGAAUUGCAAGGAUUUACUCCAUGUCAAACUUGAUGGAUCUUAAACAAAGGCAAUAUCAAAGUCUUCUUGACCACGACUUUCAUCGUAAUAUGCAAGACAACAAACUGAAAGAAAACGAAAGGCUGCGAGAACGGCGCGAAUAUCAGAGAUAUACAAAGUUCAUCAAAAGAUAUGAGCAGAGGAUACCACGUGCCGCUACCCGGCAAAGCUAUGACUCAGCCUCCCCCUGUAAGGAGGUUUCACACAUACAUCGCCAUGUGAUCAAGGGGUGGACAACGAACCCUCAUUCAGACGAAGCCUAUCGACCUGUUAAGGGAAGGAGAGAAAGUAAAGAAGAAAGUGAUGAAAGGCGUCCAGAUGGGACCGGUCAUGAUGAUGRUAAUGAACCAUUGUCUGGUCACUAUCGACUAGUCAUAGUGAAGACACCGUUAACAAAAAACGAUGAACAGGAAACAAACAUAUCGAACGAGAAGAUAGAGAUGAACAUGGAAAAUGGGAUACACAUGAACCCUGAACAAUUGUCAGAGGGAAAAGAAAGCAACUAUUUAUGAAGACUGCUUGGACAUAGCGUUAUUUAAUGUAGAAGUUGCUAGUUAGGUUUCAAACUAACAUAUCUUAAUAUCAUGCUUAGACAAAACUGACUGGAUAAAACUGUGACUUAUUGUACAGAUGAAGGUUUUUCUUAUCGAGCAUGGAUUACUGAAUGAUGAGUGCGGAAUAAAUAUCAUGAAAUUGUAUUAUGUGUAGUAAAGUAAAGACUGUUGUCCUUUUAAAAA